AUUUUUUUUUAACCUCAGUGUCUGAGGCCCAGAAGAAGGAGGAGGAGGAGAGCGAUGGCGAACCGGACGGUGAAGGACGCGCACAGCAUCCACGGCACCAACCCGCAGUACCUGGUGGAGAAGAUCAUCCGCACCCGCAUCUAUGAGUCCAAGUACUGGAAGGAGGAGUGCUUCGGACUCACAGCUGAACUGGUUGUGGACAAAGCCAUGGAACUGCGCUACACGGGUGGCGUUUACGGCGGAAACAUUAAGCCCACACCGUUCCUGUGUCUGACUUUGAAAAUGCUGCAGAUACAGCCUGAAAAGGACAUCAUCGUCGAGUUUAUCAAAAACGAAGACUUCAAGUAUGUGAGGUUGCUGGGAGCUUUGUAUAUGAGACUAACUGGAACUGCUAUAGAUUGCUACAAAUACCUUGAACCACUGUACAAUGAUUAUCGAAAAAUAAAAAGCCAAAAUAGAAAUGGAGAAUUCGAGCUAAUGCACGUGGAUGAAUUUAUUGAUCAACUGCUUCAUGAUGAACGUGUGUGUGAUAUCAUUUUACCUAGACUACAGAAACGGUAUGUCCUUGAAGAGGCUGAACAACUGGAACCACGGAUUAGUGCUUUGGAAGAGGAUAUGGAUGAUGUAGAGUCUAGUGAAGAUGAGGAAGAGGAGGAUGAAAAGCUGGAGAGAGCUCCCUCACCUGAUCACAGGCGAAGAGGCUACAGAGAUCUAGACAAACCCCGCAGAUCUCCAACUAUGCGUUACAGGAGAAGCCGAAGUAGAUCUCCUAGAAGGCGAAGCCGCUCUCCAAAGAGGAGAAGUCCAUCACCACGUCGGGAAAGGCAUCGCAGUAAGAGCCCAAGGCGACAUCGAAGUAGAUCUAGGGAAAGACGCCACAGAUCAAGAUCUAAAUCUCCAGGGCAUCACCGUAGCCACAGACACCGCAGCCAUUCCAAGUCCCCAGAAAGAUCCAAGAAGAGUCAUAAAAAGAGUCGUCGAGGAAAUGAAUAACCUUAAGUACUUCAUGAAUCUCAACCAGGUUGCUUUGGUAGCUAAUCCUUUUUGUAUUAGUUUUUUGUUUUUUGUGGGGUUUUUUUGCAGAACAUGGUGUUAUUCAAUGUUUUGUUUUAAGUUAAGGGGAAUGUGUAUGUUCUGGUCAUAUUGAGAGUUUGGAAAUGCUAUAAAAUGCAGAAUCCCUCAGCCAGCAGGGUUAUAGUAGCUGAGACAUUCUAGAAGUUACAGGUGAGAAAAGUACAAUUUCCAAGCUCCAAUCACAUCUAUGCCUCCUAAAACAUAAUUGUGUUAUGCUAAGAGGUAUGAAGUUUAAAAUUUCUUUGAACCUCAGUGCUUACUUACUAUACUAUCAAGAUAAAGCACUGUUUAAAUUUAUUUCAAAACCUAUUAAAGUUUUGUCUAUCUGAAAUUUGUAAAAAAAAGUCUUGAUUUGUAUGUAAUUUUAACAGAGCAACAAGCUGUCAGAAGUUAAUUCUGCAGUUAUUUUUAAUCGCUGGGGGAAAAUACUACUGUUGUGAUUUCUUUAUUAAAAAUGUUUGAUAAAAAAGCUACAGUAUGUCCUGUAUGUAUUUCAGCUCCACCAGAGGGGAUUGAUUUAAAUGAGGAAAUUUUUACAAAAGAGGAGAAUGAACUGUUAGAGAAAAGAAUUACAAAUAGUUUUGACUAUUUUUAAUAUGUAUCAUUUGUAUGCCUAUACAAAUAUAGGCAGGCAGAACCUAUGAAUUUAACAAGUUAUGUUUCAGAAUAGGUUUGUAGACUUGUAAACAUGGCCAAGUUUAGACUUAUCUCAUGGCUAAGCGAUAUAAUUGGGUUGUAUGCCUAGACCCUCCAGUUGUCUACUAAUCAGGCAAGUUGUACCAUCAGACACGUACAAAAUCCUAAACAAGAACACAGUAUAUGGCAUUCAGAAAUAUUGAAGUAGGAAAUUGUCUGGAUUUUCUAAGUAUAUUUGCAUUUCGCUUUUGCUUUUACUGUUGUAAACCAAUGAAACACCGCAUAACCAUUUCUGGCAAGUUUGCAUACUCAGUUGCCAACCUAGGUUGACCCAGAAAAUAAUAGGUCACCUAGUUUGCAGUAGUAAAAAGGUCAACAUCAAAACCACAUAUACAGAAAAAGUAAUCUUUAUUUUGAUUUCUAAUUUUGCAAUUUAUUUUUUUUUCUUUUUAAAAAGUUUUUGGCACUACAUUGUUCUGUAAAGAAAUGACAAUCUUUAACAGAUGAAAUCCCUUUCUAAUUUCUUUUAGAACAAUAGAUAUAAAGUCUGAACCAAAGUAUGAAUAAAGCUAAUAGAAAAUAAACAACUUAAUUUUAAAAACUCUCUUUACAGUUUACCAAGGUAAAAUAAAACACAGUUCCCCUUAAAAAUAGGGUAAUAAAAUAGAUGACAUUUAUCACUUAUUCUUGUGAUAUUGGUAAAAACUAUAUUUUAUAUCUAUGUACAAAUGAUACAAUUAAAAACAAUUUUAAAUAAUCUCUUAUCUAAGCAUGUUGCAAUAAGAUUUUAAUCCAUAACCUGAUUUUUCCCAUCCCACUUAUACAAACUUCAUUUUUUCUGUUGAAUAAAAUUCACGUUCAAGUGUGGAUGUCCUUGAGACAGAAGUGAAAAGCGCUGGUUAUUCUGCAUCAGUAAGCCAGCUAGAGAAAAAAAAGUUUAUAAUUAUUUUAGCAAGUAUCACUUAAUGUCGCUGAAUUUAACAAACUGAUGCAAAAGCAAGUUUUAAGCUCCCCGUAGCGGGUGAUGUGUUCAUUCUGCCCCUGUUGAUGCUAGCUGAAUUUUUUUAUCAGAUUUUUAAAAAAACAAUUCUACCUUCUACUGUCAGUGGCUGAACAGAAUGAUACUCCUAAGAAGUACAUAUGAGACGUCAUUAAAGGUAGAACUUGCAUGAAGUAGGUUCAUGCCGUUUUUUCCCCUAUGAGCAAAGACAUUCCUUUAUUCACAGAAAGAAAACCUGCAGUGAGCAGGCAGUACACAACAAAGAGGGAGGUGUCUGCUGUAGAUCAGCAAUAUCAGCCAAAAUUUCUUCCCACAGGAGGAAGGGAUGUCAUUUCAAGAUAUAAUUGAAAAUCAUCCCAAAUCUGUAAAAAGUAGUGUUAGAAAUAUGAUUUU